CACCGCCAUGUCUGCCUUGCACUUGCUGUGAGCAGGCUGCGUCUGCAGCCACAACGUCGCCCGAGACAUUCGUUAUGUCGUGGUCAAGGAGAAACAGCGCAUCAUCAGUUCAAACUGUAAUUAACCGUCAGUCAAACGUCGGCGACGGCCACCCCGGGCAGCGACCGCUCUUGGACAGCCCGACGGCCUCAGGAUAUGGAUCUGUCGAUGUGCAAGAUAUCAGCCCAGGGCCUGCCGUAACACGAUCGAGUAGGCGGUCCAGUCCCGAGAUAUGGAGGCGCGAUUCCCUGCUAGACCAGGUGCCAGAGGAGAGCGGUUUUGGAGACCCGGUGGACGAGCCAGAGGCGAUAGAAUGGUCACUCGAGGAGAGGGGCCUGUAUAGUGGCUCUUACAGACGGAUCGUGGCAAUGUACACCUUUGUGCCUCUCAGCUCGCUCCUGUUGCUCGGUUGCCUAGCGUGCUGCCCCCGGCUUUUCUGGAAGUACGAGAUCCAUCCUCCCGAAUCACACCCGCCGUACUUCCCCCCGCCUCUACCCUAUUUCCUCGUCUCGUCCGCGCUGUGGUCGCUCGCGUACCUUCUGCGGACGCCCAUCUUCGCACUCGUCUCCUCCGUUUUCGACGGCUUCUCGCCUGUGCUCGUCACGCUCGCCUUCAACGUCCUGCAUGUGCUCCUCUACAACGUCUUCCGGCUCUCGUCGCUCCCGAUCCUGCGCAUCCGCGACGCCAUGCAGCACGACAUCGCGACGUGGCACGACCCCGCGUUCUACCGGGUCUGGUGGGUCGCCCUCGGCUGGGCGACGAUCGACGUCGCGGUUGGCAUCUGGCAGAGCUACACGCAGAUCGCGCUCUAUCGCAACGUCAUGGUGCCCGAGGACCGUGUCCCGCAGGUUCUCGCCCAGGGUAGCGAAGGCGGCAGCAUGACGAACCUGCUGUCGGCAGACCUCGAGGAGGCGGUGCCGCUGAGCCCGCGUGCGGACACUCCGAAGACAACCAACAGCGUGCCGAGGACACUCGACGAAGCAAUACGGGCUGCGGUCGACCAGGACCUCGAGCAGCUCAUGAACCUCAAGGAACGGGAAGACGUCGAAGAGAUUUAUGGUCUGCCUGUUAUUAAAAUACCCGUAUUUGUGUCCUGUCUGCAACGCCUCGACUCUAUACUGCUGUCUACUGGAAUCACGCUAACACUUUCGGCAUCGUAUCUGAAUUCUUCACUCUCACUUCUCGUCCCUAAAUCCAACGUCACGCAUCUGCCAUCCACCAAUCGACCGCUCCUCAUUGCUUUCCCUUGCAUCGUCCUGCUGAAUCUGUUUUUGAACCUCAUAUACACACCGCUCAUCCUACCGCGCAUUGGCGUACACACUACUGCGUACAUCAGUUUCUUACUUGGACUCGGAACUUUUUUCACUGGUCUCGGUUUGUGGGGUGCUUUAGCUUAGCUAACAUUUCGUCUUGUUCAUUUACGAUGUAAAAUAUGCGUUGCGUCGCAUACAAUGAGUUAUGGCUAAUGAAAUGCAUUUGAUACGAUGA